CAUUUGUUAUUGGUUAAUAUUGUUUCUAUACGGACUGAAAAUCAUGUAACUCCAGCGUUUUGUAGCUCCUGUUACUAAGCAACCGAUUAACACAUCAGACGGAAGAAACAUGGCUAAAUUCGUGCUGGCUGGCAAGGCAGACUGUCCUUACUUUGCAAAAGCUGAACGACUUGCAGACCUACUUCACAAAAACCUUCCCAGCUUUACGAUCCAUAAAAUCGUUCAACAUCCCGAUGACUGGGAGCAAUGGCUGCAAACAAUUUGUGAUACUAAUGGCUGGAAGCAUAACCGGUCCCCUAUUGUGUGGAGGGAAAUGAUUGACAGAGGAGGGAAAGGAUUAUUGUUGGGUGGCUUCAGUGAAUUCAUGGAGCAUGCACAGAUUUAUUACGGCAUUACCUCAGAUAUAAAGGCUGACCUGAUGAUGACAAUUUCAGCAGAGAACCUGCAGACCAAGAUUGAUCUUAUGGAGGAGGAGACUUACUAUAAAGGGCUGAUUAAACCACUGCACAUUUGGAUCACCAGUGCGCUGAGCCCUGUCUGUUAUAACUUGAUCCCUUUGCUGUGCAAUGGAGAAAUAUUUGGGGAAAGUACCUUCAUCAGUCUACAUCUUCUGAACAUCAAGGGUGCUGUAGAGGAACUCAGCGCUCUGAAGAUGGAAUCAGAAGACCUGUCCUUACCCCUGCUUCAUGAGGUCACUGUCCACGCAGAUCUAAAUGAUGCCUUCGUGAAUGCUGGUGUUAUCAUUGUGCUUGAUGAAGUCAAACAAGAAGAGUUAUCUAACACUUGUAAAGAAUAUGGGCACCUGAUUGACAGCAAUGCACACUCGGAUGUACGGGUUGUGGUGGCUGGGAAUUCAUACGUGAAUUUAAAAUGUUACUUGAUAAUGCAAAGUGCACCCUCUAUUGCAACAUGCAAUUUUGUUGCUGUUGCAACACACCUGGAAAAUAUAGCAAGAUCCCAGCUUGCUAAGAAGUUAAAUGUAACCACUUCAGAAGUAAAAUGUGUUUUAAUGUGGGGUAAUAUUGGUGGAAGCAUUUACAUUGAUCUGCAGAGAGCAAAGGUCUACAACUAUGACGGUGCUGUCUGUGGACCACCACAUUUCUCACAGCCUGUACUGGAGAUGGUGUAUGACACUAAAUGGCUGGAAACUGAGUUCUUAACCACAGUUAAUAAACAUCAACGGACUGUCAGAAAAAAGCUUCAACACUCAUUGGGUAUAUCUGAAGCCAAUGGAAUAUGUACGGUCUUACACAGAUGGUAUCAUGACUCUCCCCCUGGUGAGAUAAUGUCACUUGGAGUCCUCAGUGAAGGACAGUAUGGAAUUCCAGAGGAUCUUGUCUUCUCUAUGCCUGUAACAUUUCAUAAUGGGAUCUGGAAGGUAGUUUCAGAUAUUAAACACAGUGAUGAUGUGAAAGAGAAGCUGCAGUUAAUCGCAAAGGAGAUGACAGGGGAGAAAGUGUUUGCACUGAAAACCACUACAUUUGCUUCUUGAAGUCACUGAGAAGAUGUUAAGGCAUUGUGUAAUUGUAUUGGAAUUACAUAGACUAAAACAAGAUAUUAAUUAAAAUGUAAAUAAAAAUGUUGAUGUGAACAUGAUGUGAAAUAAAUAUCCAUGAUACAAAUAGUGAAGCAAUUUUGAAACUAGCCCUGUUUGAGGGCAUUGCAGCUCUUAUUUACACUGAGGGGUCACUGAUGUAUUGACAAACAGGACAAACACAGACCAGUCUCUAACUACUGAGGUCAAUUUGUGACAUAAUGGUGUCCAUGUUCAUCCAACAUUCCUUUGCUAUAACAUGUGUUGUGUUGUGAUUUUCAUAAUUUAGGUGCACAAAGGUUCCUAUAGUUAUUUAGAUGCAUGUGUGAUGGAGCCCAUGGUACAUCUGAAAUCUAGACCAUGUGACAUUUUUGUUGUAGGGAGAUUUGACCAGGAAAAGCAUUACACAUUGUAACAAGAGGUACUGUGUUAUUGCAGUGAAGUCUUGCACUGUUGUUGAUGCAAAGCUACAGAUAUGACUUACAUGAACCUCCUAGAAUGUUCUUAAACUCCAAAAUCAAAGAGAGUUAAAAAAAAAUAUCACUGGCAACAGUGAACAAGGUGUCCCUUUUGAACCAAAGGGCCUGAUUAAGGUCUUUACAUGAAAAUGCCAUUGUCAGUAACUUGGUUAAAGCUUUAUAGCAAGUGUUUGUAAUUCAGAUGAUAUUACAUAUAUGACCAGUACAGUAUAUGAUUUCCUGUCACACAAAGUACAGGAAGUAAAAAUACCUUUUU